AGACGGAGGGAGGGGGAGGAAGCGAUAGACUUGGAACUAACCUAAUUCGGAGGCCUAAAACGAGACAUGUUUAUUUGGAAAAGUCCUGUUCAAGGCUUUUCCUCUCCUGGAAGGUCAUGUUAAAAUUGAGGGGCUAAAUAUCUUUUAUUGGUUUUUUCUUUCAUUACAACCACUUGGAAGUUAAUAGCUGCCUUCUUGGAUUUCCUUUUGACAUUGACAUUCCUCUUUUCUCUGCACUGAAGUGAUUAUACUUAAAAACACACACACAAAGACACACACACACACACACACACACAAAACACUCUCUGACUUAGUUUUCCUAAAUGGUAUAUAGUCUUAACAUAGGUUUACAGCCAAAAUGUGCUAUUGUAAAACCAAGUAAUUGGCUGCAAACAAAGCUUCAGAAUUGUAACAAAGAGGUACUUAGGGUGCUGGCUGCUUCAUGAUAUGGCGGUGUUGGUUAACACAAGAUCAUAUUCUUCGUCUCCCUUCAAGUAGAACUGGAAGUUGUUUUUAAAGACAAAUUCCAAUAUUGGCACUCAUCAUCUCACUGUAGGAAUAUAUUGAUAGUGAUAAAUAGGCUGUGGGUGUAUUGGGGCUGUUAGAAUUGAGCUAUACUAAUUAGUUUUUGAAAGCUGUUACAUGCCCAUCUUAAAAUUGUAUAUAGAUGCGAUCACCUCAGAAAUUGAGUUUAUCAAUGGGUUUUUAAAAAACAAAAGUCUGAAAGAGGUACUGAAAUGAAAGCUAGAAAUCUGACAGUUUUGUUUCAUUCUAAUGGAAUGUUUCAUUCUAGUGGAAAAAUCAAGUAACAAGCCCAUGUAUUCUCAAAAGCAUUUUUCUGUAAUUUCAGGGUCUUGGAGAAGUAAAUGUUUUUAGAAUUAUAAUCUUAAUCUUUAUAAUUUCUAUUUACUAGAAUUUUCCAUAGAAAUAAUAUUUUUCCCAGAUUGGAAAAUUGAAACAAAGGAUGAGAGGUACUGACAGCUUUACUUGUUAAAAACCUACUGCUUAAUCUAAUCUACUCUAGUUCUCACCACAAAAAAAAAAAAAAAAAAAAGCGUGGCACACCACUUGUGCUGCUUCCAUCCAUACAGUUUCCUUGGCAUUGUUUUGGAGUGCUCUGCCACCUCUGCAAAGUUUUUUUUUUAUUUAGUGCUUUAGAUAACAGAUGCUUCUCUCAAUUAUCUUGAAACAUUUAUGAGAUAGCAUAUCUAUUGAUGAUAAUUGAGUAAGACCUUCAGAUUCUGAAUCAGUAUACUAAUGUUCAUGAACCAUAUGGCCGAUUCACAAGUAGUGCAUGACUAGCUGCAGGUUUGACUGUUAACAGACAGAUGUUGGAUGAUGUUGGCCUUCAUGUAAUAUAAUAUGUUCUUUGUUUCUUGUAGACCUGUCUUGUGGCCAUUUCUUUGACAAAGAAUGUCUUACAUAGAUACUACUUAUUGUUACACUACUAAUGAUAGCAUGGCUUUCUUUACAUUAUGCAGAAUGGUGUAAAUAAAUAUACAAGAGGAAGGGAAGAAUCACACCUUGUCCCAUUCCUUCAAUAAACCUUUUAUAUUGGGCUACUAUAUCCAAGCUGCAGAUAUCCAGAUGACCAGUAGAGGGAUAUGCUAAAUAUUUACUUCCAAUUGGUGGGUUAUCCAGACUUUUGCAGCCCAAAUGGGGUAAACUUCAGAUAGACGUCAAGAUGUCUAAGUGGAAAUAAUGAUCUUUUGAGAAAAGAUGCAGGACUGCUGUGUAUGUGUGUGACUGUAUUCUGGAUGGAAGGGUGAGAGGAUACUUGGAUGAUUAUCCAAGGAGGUGCAGUUCAGGUUUUCUACUGUAUCAAGAAAAGGUGGGGCAUUUAAACCUCUACUCCUUUUUUUUCAAUAGUUACAGUCUGGUGAAAGCUAGACGCUUCUCUUCACCAUUGGGGGAGACAUUUGAGAAGUUUUCCCAAAUAGAUUGAUUAUACCCUGGAUUAUGCACAUAUGAUGGGAAGCCACAGCUGGGAACAAACUCCCACAGUCUCUGCAUAUAUCCCUUUCAGAUUGCAUUCACCAUAAAUACUUGUGCCUCUGCACAUAAUUUAGUGCUUACCAUAAAAUGAUCCUAAGGCAAAGGGAUCUGCUGUAAAAUUGCUGAUGAGGUCAUAUUGCCUUUGUCAUUUAAACCUCUCAACACUAAUCAAUAUUAUAUUUAUUCUCGUUACUUCUUUUACAGCUUUUUUAUGCUUUGCGUUCCAAUUCAAAUUGUAGGAAGCAAAAGCCAGUUUCUGUUUAUUUUGUACUAGAAACCAAGAAAUAAUGACUUCUAGUCUAUGCUUAGGCGCACAAGCUAGCUGGACAUCUUCUGUAGUCUCCAGAAUGAGGUCACACAUACUGGAAGCUUCCUUUUGACAGUUUUAAAAAUCAGUACCAACGUUCUGAAUAGAGCUUGGAAAUUAACUGCCAGGUAAGGAAUCUGAAACUGGAGCAUGAGCAAGAGAAAAAUAAGAUCUUAUCUGAAGCUCUAGAAACACUAGCCACUGAACACCAUGAAUUAGAGCAAUCGCUAGUCAAAGGGUCACCUCCCAUUAGCAUCCUUAGUGAGGAACAGUUCUAUGAUGCUAUAUCUGAUUCAGAAUCUGAAAAAUCAUUUACUGGAUUUGAAACCGUGACUAGCUUCUCAUUGGAAGACAGCGAGAACUCUAGUGACACCAUAACAGCUAACAUGUCUGAAGAAAAAGCAAAUAAAAACCGAGAGACUCUAUCAAAUGGCAUAAAAAAACACAGGACAAGCUUGCCCUCUCCAAUGUUUUCAAGAAAUGACUUCAGUAUUUGGAGUAUCUUAAGAAAGUGCAUUGGAAUGGAGCUGUCCAAGAUCACUAUGCCAGUAAUUUUUAAUGAGCCCCUGAGUUUCCUACAGCGGCUGACAGAAUACAUGGAGCAUACAUACUUAAUUCAUAAAGCCAGCUUGCUUUCUGACCCAGUUGAAAGAAUGAAGUGUGUAGCUGCUUUUGCUGUCUCAGCUGUAGCCUCUCAGUGGGAACGUACAGGAAAGCCAUUCAAUCCAUUACUUGGAGAGACAUAUGAACUUGUUAGAGAGGAUCUUGGAUUCAGACUCAUCUCGGAACAAGUUAGUCAUCACCCACCAAUUAGUGCUUUUUAUGCUGAAGGAGUGAAUAAUGACUUCAUAUUUCAUGGUUCCAUUUAUCCUAAACUCAAGUUUUGGGGAAAGAGUGUUGAAGCAGAACCAAAGGGAAUAAUAACUCUAAAGCUUCUUGAACACAAUGAGGCAUAUACAUGGACGAAUCCUACAUGCUGUGUACAUAAUAUUAUUGUGGGCAAACUUUGGAUUGAGCAAUAUGGAAAUGUGGAAAUAACCAAUCACAAAACUGGUGAAAAAUGCAUGCUAAACUUCAAGCCCUGUGGCCUUUUUGGAAAAGAACUACACAAAGUUGAAGGCCAUAUUCAAGAUAAAAGCAAAAAGAAACUUUGUGCACUCUACGGAAAAUGGACUGAGUGUUUGUACAGUGUCGAUCUUACUACAUUUGAAGCUUACAAAAAGAAUGACAAGAAAAACACAGAAGAGAAGAAAAACAAUAAACAGACAGGCAAUUCUGAUGAGCCGGAUGAGAUGCCCUUGCCAGAAUGUGAAAGUAUAUGUGUGAUCCCUGGAAGUGUGUUGUUGUGGAAAAUAGCUCCAAGGCCUUCAAACUCAACACAGAUGUACAACUUUACUACUUUUGCUAUGAUGUUGAAUGAAUUGGAUCAGGAAAUGGAAAGUGUUAUUCCUAAAACUGACUGCAGGCUAAGGCCAGAUGUAAGAGCUAUGGAAAAUGGUGAAAUAGAUGUAGCCAGUGAAGAAAAGAAAAGGCUUGAAGAAAAACAAAGAGCUGCUCGUAAAAACAGGUCUAAAUCAGAGGAAGACUGGAACACAAGGUGGUUUCAUCAAGGUCCUAAUCCUCACACUGGCGGACAUGACUGGAUUUAUUCUGGGAACUACUGGGAAAGAAACUACUUCAACUUGCCGGAUAUUUAUUAAAAUGCAUUGGAAAUUCUGAGCCUAACAUAAGUCUUAAAUCAGUUUUCAGUGUUUUUUUUUUAUGCCUAUAUUCUUAGAAAAAAAUUAAAAUCUUGAAAGGUUGCAAUUGAAUACGGUUCUGGUGGUCCUGCCACAACGUAGCUCAAGGCUAUUGUAGGGAGCGUUGGGUUUUUUGGCAUUCUCCCUAGAAUGUGAGAUGUAUUUGCACAUAAUCACUGGUGCUGUACUUUGGAGAGACAGGGAGAUUGCUACUCAUAUUUGUGAACUUAAAGAUCAGUUUAAAAUGCCUUUGAGUUUUGACUUUCUCUUUGGUGAAUAAUAAUUAUAGUAGUAUAUAAUGAAAAACAUGGCAUUUCUUCUCAACCCAGUAACAAAUGAUCAUCCGUGACUUAUAAUACUCUAUGACUUAAAGCAUGAGAAGAGCAUGACACUUUGGGGAAGAAUUAGUCAACUUCCUGAAGACGGCAUUCCAUUAAUUAAUAAAAUACAGGAUCAUAGAUAAUUCAUUUGUAACUUUAUUUUUUACUCUCUGCAUCAAGCUACUACUACUUAAUUAAAAUUGGAUUAAUGCAUAAAAUCACUUAGCAAUCUUCUCCUAUUUAGUGCAGUGUUUUGAAUUUUCUCUUUCAAGUUUUAUUAACAUGCUAUCUUUAAGGAAUUCAGAGCCAUUUAAAUCUUUAAAAAUUUAAUUUGAACUAAAAUAAGUAUUUAAAACAAAACAAAACCCUGCAGUGCACUAAUAUAUGAUAUGGGACUAGUGGUUGUCCGAAUAUUGUGGGACUUCAGCCCUGGUAGCAUGUUGAGUGGUCAAGAAUGAUGGGAGCUGUGGUUCGACCCUGGAAAGGCCACAGAGUCUUUAUUCACACACAAAGUGUUCUGCACUACAUGAGAUUAAGUUGGGACAUUACAAAGAAGAGAGAUGUUCCUGGGUCUAUGCUGUCAUAGCAAACCCUAGAAGGAAGUGUGUACAUUUCAAAAGCAGUUGAGAGACUACUGUACAGAGCAAAUUUACCCCUAUGUUUGGGGUGCUUUAACUUUUAUGAAAUUAUAUAUUUGUACAAUGUGGAGUAGAGAAUUUUCAGAGAGAUUGCUGCUCUUGUAUAAUUUAACUGUAGUUUGGAAAUAGUGUUAACUGAAUAUUUUAUUGCUAAUAAAUAAAGGCUUUCGCUGUCCGGUGA